AUGGCUUCACCAAACCCCAUCACAGCCCAAGAGCUGACGACCCUCUCCACCAACGCCAUUGAAGCCAAAGCUAAGGCUUACUGCCCGUAUUCCAAUUUCCGCGUGGGAGCAUGUAUUCUCACGGCCUCGGGCGAGUUUAUCUCUGGCGCUAACGUUGAGAAUGUCUCGUAUCCCGUCGGCACUUGCGCUGAGCGUGUGACUAUCGGUACUGCCAUUAUCGCCGGCCACAAAAAGUUCAAGGCCCUGGCCGUCGCAACAGAUAUCAAGCCUGGUGCGUCGCCUUGUGGCAUGUGUAGACAGUUCAUACGCGAGUUCACCGAGCCUUCAUUCCCUGUUUACAUGUAUGACGGCGAGGGUAAUUACAAAGUCAUGACCAUGGGAGAGUUGCUACCGAACUCAUUUGGCCCGAAUGAUCUCAGAUAG